CUCCUCCGGGCAGGUGUGUCCCGGGCCCGUGGCUGCCUGCCCCACUCCCUGCCGAGACACCCGCUGAGAGGUCACCCACCACAGUCCCAGCAAGCCAGACAGACCAGCUUGGUGAUCUGCCAUGGAAGCCGCAGAUGCCUCCAGGAGCAAUGGGUCGAGCCCUGAAGCUAGGGACGCCCGCAGCCCGUCGGGCCCCAAUGGCAGCCUGGAGAACGGCACCAAGGUCGAUGGCAAGGAGACGAAGACCGCCAACGGGCAUGGGCACGGAGGGGAGGUGGCCGAGGGCAAGAGCCUGGGCAGCGCCCUGAAGGGGGAGGGAAAGAGCGCCCUGUUCUCCGGCAACGAGUGGCGGCGGCCCAUCAUUCAGUUCGUGGAGUCGGUGGAUGACAAGGGUUCCAACUACUUCAGCAUGGACUCUGCGGAAGGCAGGAGGUCGCCCUAUGCGGGGCUCCAGCUGGGGGCCGCCAAGAAGCCGCCCGUCACCUUUUCGGAGAAGAAGUCCAUCUUCUCGGAGCCCCGGAAGCCCUCGGUGUCCAUCGUGGAGCCCGGGGAGGUCCGCAGGAACAGCUACCCGCGGGCCGACGGGAGCCUCCUGCGCUCCAAGUCGGGCUCCGAGGAGGUGCUGUGCGAUUCCUGCAUCGGCAACAAGCAGAAGGCCGUCAAGUCCUGCCUGGUGUGCCAGGCCUCCUUCUGCGAGCUGCACCUUAAGCCCCACCUGGAGGGCGCGGCCUUCCGCGACCACCAGCUGCUCGAGCCCAUCCGGGACUUCGAGGCCCGCAAGUGCCCCCUGCACGGCAAGACCAUGGAGCUCUUCUGCCAGACCGACCAGACCUGCAUCUGCUACCUUUGUAUGUUCCAGGAGCACAAGAACCACAGCACCGUGACGGUGGAAGAGGCCAAGGCCGAAAAAGAGACAGAGCUGUCACUGCAAAAGGAACAGCUGCAGCUGAAAAUCAUUGAGAUUGAGGAUGAAGCUGAAAAGUGGCAAAAGGAGAAGGACCGCAUCAAGAGCUUCACCACCAAUGAGAAGGCUAUCCUGGAGCAGAACUUCCGGGACCUGGUGCGUGACCUGGAGAAGCAGAAAGAGGAAGUGAGGGCUGCCCUGGAGCAGCGGGAGCAGGAUGCUGUGGACCAAGUGAAGGUGAUCGUGGAUGCCCUGGACGAGAGGGCCAAGGUGCUUCAUGAGGACAAGCAGAUCCGGGAACAGCUUCAUAGCAUCAGCGACUCGGUGCUAUUUCUGCAGGAAUUUGGUGCUUUGAUGAGCAAUUACUCUCUCCCCCCACCCCUACCCACCUAUCAUGUCCUGCUGGAGGGAGAGGGCCUGGGGCAGUCACUGGGCAACUUCAAGGAUGACCUGCUCAACGUGUGCAUGCGCCAUGUUGAGAAGAUGUGCAAGGCUGAUUUGAGCCGUAACUUCAUUGAGAGGAACCACAUGGAGAACGGUGGUGACCAUCGCUACAUCAACAACUACACAACCAGCUACGGGAGCGAGUGGAGUGCGCCCGACACCAUGAAGAGAUACUCCAUGUACCUCACACCCAAGGGGGGCGCCCGGACAUCCUACCAGCCGGGGUCCCCCAGCCGCCUCUCCAAGGAGACCAAUCAGAAGAAUUUCAACAACCUCUAUGGCACCAAAGGUAACUACACCUCCCGGGUCUGGGAGUACUCCUCCAGCAUUCAGAGUUCCGACGACCUGCCCGCAGUCCAGGGCAGCUCCUCCUUCUCCCUGAAAGGCUAUCCCUCCCUCAUCCGCAGCCAGACCCCUAAGGCCCAGCCCCAGACCUGGAAAUCCGGCAAGCAGUCUGUGCUGUCUCACUACCGGCCGUUCUAUGUCAACAAAGGCAACGCGAUGGGCUCUAACGAGGCCCCCUGAGCUCC